UAUUCGCGUUGUCUGGAUAUAGAUGGACUUCAAGAUAAGUUACUCCUAAAAACAAGAUCGUUGCGGACCUCCAUGUGUUGCUUGUCGUCCCAAGGUAACCAAGUAAAGUGUCGCAGCGUAUUGUAACCAUCUAAAAGGUCGAAGGAAGAGUUGGCUUACGAGGGCAACAGUUACCGUAGUGUAAGCUGGGUCUGAUUGUAUUUUGCUUCGAGUAGACCCCACCAAAGCUACACUAGCUCGCUCUCUAAGAUGGAUGCCGAUAAGAUUCUGAUAGCUACAUUCGAGGUUAAAAACUACAAGCCCAAUGAAAUAUCCCUCAAGGUAGAAGGUGGUAAAAUAUACGUUGAUGGCAAACAUUUCUCUGAAGGAGAAUAUGGAACAGAAUCGAGCGAAUUCCAUCGAACUUACGUCCUACCAGAAAGCGUGGAACCUUCAUCUGUCUCCUCGCGCGUCUCUUCAGAUGGAGUUCUUUACAUAGAAGCUUUUAAAAACCCACCGAAAGAAACUGAAGUUGCUCUAGUCGGUUCUUCUCCAACGUCUGGGGACGUGGCGAAGAUAGACGAUAAGAAAUUCACAGUGACCUUAGAUGUAAGUAGUUUCUCACCAGAGGAAGUUGUAGUGAAGGUUUUGAACAAUGAACUGACAGUCAGGGCUCGGCAUGAAUCAGAAUCGCAUGGUCAUUUUACUUCACGACAGUUCAACCGCCAUUUCGUCCUUCCUAAGGAUGUUGACAUGGAUUCUGUUGUGUCUAAAUUGGGCAAGGAUGGACGACUUCACAUCGAAGCUACGAGGAAAGCGCAGCCUAAGGCAUCUGAGAGGAAGGUCGAAAUCAUUAUGGAUGAGUAAGAAGAGUAACGUCUCUUAAAGAUUAAAAAAAAUAUUACGAGAAACAGAAAAUAAUAACAAAAACUAGCUAAAACGAUGAAAAAAUUCCCUGUAAAAUUUAGACAAAACUUUCAACAAGGUAGGACUAUAGCACCUUUGGUUUAUUCUGGAAUGUAAAAUCAAUAUUAUAAUGAUAUUCUUCGUGUUUUGGUGUGUAAAACUAUUCGUGUUUCAUCAAGGUAAUUUUCUUCUAUCAUCGCUCAUCAUGAGAUACAGUAAACAGCUAUGUAGCCCCACUUUUUAUCGAAAUAACUCCACAACAGGGCGUGAGACCAACAACUAAAUUUUCAAACUAAACAAGGUACUUCAAAAAGUAAACAGCUUUGACAUCGAGGUUACCAGUGACAAAUAAAAACCACAUUUCCUCAAACAGUGGGAUUGUAGUGCUGAUUUGAAGAGAAACUUAAUUUUAUAUUCUGCUGGGAAAAUCGAAUAUGAUGAAUAAAAAUAAAAGACUGUCGCUUUGA